GCAGCCGAGCCAGACCUCCACCGCCGCUCGCGCUCUUUGAUAAAAGCUGGCUACCAGGCUCUGCUCGUCCCUUCUCGCAAGAACCAGAUCAGUUGCUCAAAUGGCUCAAGACGGAGUGCAGUGCUGUCACUCAGAGAAAGACUUUAUCUUGUCCCCUUACAGUAAGAAGGUUCCUAAAAGGAUGGCGUCCCUCUUGGAGAUGAAAGAAAUCUUCCGCAACGCUGACGCGGUGUGCUUUGACGUGGACAGUACGGUCAUCAGGGAAGAAGGCAUCGAUGAGCUCGCGAAGUUCUGUGGAGUCGGAGACGCCGUGGCAGAGAUGACCCGCAGAGCGAUGGGUGGCACCGUGACAUUCAAAGCAGCUUUAACAGCACGACUAGGUCUCAUACGUCCCUCCUAUGAGCAAGUGCAGAAAUUAAUAUCUGACAACCCACCUCAGCUAACACCAGGAAUAAGGGAGUUGGUGAACAGGCUUCAUCAACGGGGGGUCCAGGUCUUCUUGGUCUCUGGGGGCUUUCAGAGCAUCGUGGAGCACGUGGCCUUGCAGCUGAACAUUCCAACAGCAAACGUCUUUGCCAACAGGCUGAAAUUUUACUUUAAUGGCGAAUAUGCAGGAUUUGAUGAAACACAACCAACAGCUGAAUCAGGGGGGAAAGGAAAGGUUAUUACUCAUCUGAAGGAACAGUUCCACUUCAAGAAAGUAGUAAUGAUUGGUGACGGAGCUACAGACAUGGAAGCCUGUCCUCCUGGUGACUGCUUCAUUGGAUUUGGAGGAAAUGUAAUCAGAAAGCAAGUAAAGGAGAAAGCUAAAUGGUACAUUACUCACUUUGAUGAACUGCUAAAGGAACUGGAAGAACGAUAAAUUGUACAGUAAAAUAAUAUAUUUAACAACUAUAAAUCCAUUAUACAAUGCCAUUAAACAUAUAUUUGUUUGCAAA